AGGUUGAGGCCCGGCGUCCGGCAGCCGCGCGCACAGUGUCGCGGGCGCUUCCAACUGCCGCUGGGAGCACAGCAGCGGGACGCUCACCGACAACCCAGUUCCGCAGCGGCUGCCUCCCGGGAGACGCCGCGCGCAGUCCCGGAGCAGAUUCUGCGGUGAACCGUUGCCGCCCCUCUGGUUCUGCGCGCACCAGCGAGGACUGUUGCGCCCUCGGGAGGCGACCCGGGCCGACGCCCGGCCCUCCGGGCAGAAGCUAGGAGCCUUAGAGACUGCUGGUUUCUCUGAGCUGUGGAAGGGACUCGAUAAUGUAACUGGCUCUCCGGAAAGACCCGCGUGGCCCUGCGCUGAGCAAGAUCUCCAAGACCCUGUCUCGUUUUUAGAGCCACUUGAGAAGAAAUGAUGUGACAAUUCUUAUGAAAAAGGACGUUUUGGAAGUGUAGGAUACCCGUGCAGAAGGUCACUCUUUCCCUGGUCUGUGAAAUAGACAUUCUCAAAUUCCAAAAUGCCUGCCAAGACCCCAAUUUACCUGAAAGCGGCUAACAACAAGAAGGGAAAGAAAUUUAAACUGAGGGACAUUCUGUCCCCUGAUAUGAUCAGUCCUCCCCUGGGGGACUUUCGUCACACUAUACACAUCGGCAAAGAGGGCCAGCAUGACGUCUUUGGGGAUAUUUCCUUUCUUCAAGGGAAUUAUGAGCUCUUGCCGGGAAACCAAGAGAAGGCACACUCUGGCCAGUUCCCGGGGCAUAACGACUUCUUCCGGGCCAACAGCACCUCGGACUCAAUGUUCACAGAAACACCCUCCCCGGUGCUCAAAAAUGCCAUCUCCCUCCCCACCAUUGGGGGAUCCCAGGCUCUGAUGCUGCCCUUAUUGUCCCCAGUGACAUUUCAUUCCAAACAGGAGUCCUUUGGGCGUCCUAAGUUGCCAAGGCUCAGCUGUGAGCCUGUCAUGGAAGAGAAAGUUCAGGAGCAAAGUAGUCUGUUAGAGAAUGGGGCAGUCCACCAGGGAGACACCUCGUGGGGCUCCAGUGGUUCCGGGUCUCAGUCCAGCCAGGGCCGCGACAGCCACUCCUCCAGCCUGUCGGAACAGUCCUCCGACUGGCCCGCGGACGACAUGUUUGAGCAUCCUGCCUCCUGUGAGCUUGUGAAGUCAAAGACUAAAUCAGAAGAGUCCUUCUCUGACCUGACCGGCUCCCUGCUCUCCCUGCAGUUGGAUCUUGGGCCUUCACUUUUGGAUGAAGUCCUGAAUGUCAUGGAUAAAAAUAAGUAGCCAGGAGUCAGCUCUUUUUCUUGGGAGUAAGAGGUACCAAAAUAAGCAGAAAACAAAAAAAUCAACUAACCACAGCUGAUGGAAAGAGCUGCUCUGACUGUUUUUAUUUGCAGCCAUGUGAUGCAUUUUCUAAAAUAACGCUCCUGUUCCUACAAAAUAUUUUUUUAACCAUCAUGCCCUGUUUGCAAAAAUUUUGAAAACAAUAAUUUUUAAAAAUUAAAAAAAACAAAACAAAACAAAAAAACCUGUUCUGGCAAAAAAGAAAAAAAAAGAAAAGAAAAAGGAGGAAGUGAGUCAGAGCUCAUUUUCAACAGGCAUUGCUGAUGCUCAUACAUGCUCAGUUUUGUUUGUAGACAUGCAGAAAUCCAGGCUGUCUAAGAGGGCUGGGUCCAUGGGUCUCUCCAAGGCAAUUCAUUGCAUGUUAUGAGAAGGAAACUUACUUAUUUGGCACCUACGCCUUUUUUUCCUAGCCUUUUUUGUAUAUUGUAUCUUUUGGGUUCACCACAGCGAAGUCUCCAGCGUUAUGAUUUUACUCUUUGCAUAUUCGAGCAACCUUACAGGAUUUGGGAUUUUUUUUCCUUGUGGUUUUUAUAUAUCCCUGUAUAUUAUUUCCAUGUUGCAAAAGUUUGACUGUCAGCUACAUGUUGGUUAAAAACAAGCAAGGUAUUACUGUAACUAAGUUAUUUUUAAAGUUGAAAUAUAUUUUUAUGUGCCUUUGGCUUUUUAUUGCAAAGUCUACAUUUUAUACAUAAUACAUCAAGUGUUAUUUGUCGUGUUUCCAUUCGGGCUUCCUUGCAAGCUACGCGUGUGUAUUUGAAAACAAAACCAGCCCAACCCUAUGCGUUAUCAGCCUGACCCUGUUGCUCGGGUGUUACCUCCUCCCAGUAGGAGGCACAGGGUGAUGCUUCUGUGGAGACUGGAGGUGAGGUAGGUAUUUAAGGACAGCUCAUGUUCACAUUACUUGGGUACAUCAUACCACGCAAUAAAGAGUAAAUGCUAAAA